AUGCCAGACGGCGAUAAAGCCUCCGUCGGCCAUGUGGAGGAGAUUGAAGCGCUUGGAGGAGCCAAACAGAAUCAAAAAGCCAUGGGAACGGUGAAGUUGACAGAAGGAGCAAUUGUCUACAUUCCCACCCCAACGGCAGAUCCACGCGAUCCUUUGAAUAUGCCACGCUGGCAGAAGACUGUUGUUCUCAUUGUGAUAUCAGUUUUCUCCACUCUUGGUCUCGCCCUUGUCUCCGGAUUCGGUGGCCUACUCGGCUUUUAUAUACCUGAAUAUGAAGCGGUGGGAAAGGGGUACGACGAUAUUACACAUUUGAUGACUUAUCCGACGCUGUUCAUGGGAAUCGGCAACCUCAUCGGAAUGCCUCUUGCCAUCGGAAUUGGGCGUCGCAUUGUUCUUCUCGGCUCUACCGUGGUUCUGGUGGUUGGUGCUGUUCUCUGCGCAACAGCGAAGAACUACGAAUGGCAUCUCGCCUCCCGAAUGGUUGUUGGCCUGGCCGCUGGACAGAGCGAGGCCUUGGUUCCCAUGAUAACCCAGGAGAUAUACUUUCUCCAUGAGCGCAGUAAAGCUCUCAUGGGCCAACAAGCUAUUCAAGUCAGUCUGACUUCAGUAUGGGUACUUUUCGCCGGGCCUAUUGCCGGGGCCGUAACUCCAGAAUGGUGGUACGGGCUCGGAGCAGCUUUGGCAGGUCUACUUCUGAUUGUUGCUUUUCUAUUUCUUCCUGAAACUAAAUACGACCGGUCGCUUGCUUCUUACCAGGAGGACACGUCCUCUGGCGAUGACGCCCGAAAGAACUCUAUGGGAAGUUUCCAGAAGACAGACUCCGAUGGCGUCUGCACAGAGCGACCACCCUUGGACAACACCCGGUAUGCACCGCGCACAUUCAAAUCCGACCUUCGCCUUUGGAUUGGCAAACCAGAAUGGAACAAAGUGUGGGAAGUGCUGAGACAAACUUUUGAACUGCUUCUUUUCCCAAACGUCCUCUGGGCCCUUCUCCUAAAUGGUCUCACAAUCGGCGUGAAUAUUGCCAUCGGAACCACGUACAGCACCAUCGUAUCAAGCCCGCCAUAUAACUGGCCUAACAGCAGCGCGAGCUACGUGAAUUGUGGACAGAUCGUGGUCGCAAUUGCGGCGCUCCCUCUUCUAGGCCACGGGUCCGACUACUUGAUCAAAUAUUUCGCUAGACGCAACGGCGGGAUGCACGAGCCAGAAGUUCGAAUCAUUCCUCUGAUUAUCCCCAUCGUUGUGGGUGUUUUUACAUCCGCCCUCUACGGUGCGGCUGCCGCAAAUCCAUACCAGUACCACUGGUUCACCUAUGUCUGGGGAGUUGCUGCGUACUAUUUCUGCUUCGUCGGAGCAAAUAUCGUGGCCAUUACCUACUUACUGGACAGUUAUCCUGCCCGAGCAGGGCCUUUGCUGGUCAUUAUUUGCGCCUUCCGAGGCAUCAUCUCUUUUGGUACGAGUUAUGGAACGGCACCGUUUGUUGAACUGCAUGGGUACGACGGUACAUUUGGAACGUUUGCCGCAUUGACAGGAUUUCUAGGGGCCCUGGGUAUCCCGGUCUUUAUUUGGGGCAAAAAGAUCCGACAAUUUACGGGACGCUUUGCGAAGGAUAAAUCUGACUGA